AGCAGAAGAGAGCAAACCGUCCACCGGAGAGGCGCUGAAUUCAGCUCCUAGCUUUGUGCUUUUGCCAUCAACCAGCCUUUUAGGCUAUACAACUAUUUCUUUCCAACUUCAGCUACAGUGAUAGCUAAGUUUGGAAAGGCGAACGAGGGAAAAACGCCGUGCCUUUUGUAUUUUUUUGUAGUCGUUGUCGACAGUAAGAUGCAGUGGUAGUCGGGGCUGACCUCCUUUACAUCACAAAAGAGGAGACAGCGUAACGCAAAAAAGCAGCUUUCACCUUGUUAUUUUUGCCAUUUGGACAGCUUUAAAAAUGGAUAACUCUGGACCUAAGAGGACAUGCUGUGAGUCUGUCCGAGACUUCUUCACCUCAGCCAAAUUCCUUAUUUACAUGGGACAUGCUCUGUCAACAUGGGGUGACCGAAUGUGGAACUUUGCGGUGGCUGUGUUCCUGGUGGAGCUGUAUGGCAACAGCCUGCUGCUCACGGCCGUGUACGGGCUGGUGGUGGCCGGCUCCGUGCUGCUGCUGGGGGCCAUCAUUGGGGACUGGGUGGACAAAAACCCCAGACUCAAAGUGGCCCAGACUUCGCUGCUCGUCCAGAACAGUUGCGUCAUCGUGUGUGGGAUCCUCCUCAUGGUUGUUUUCCAGUUCAAAGAACAGCUUGUGGAGCUUUACAAUGGAUGGAUUCUGACUACCUGCUACAUUCUGGUGAUCACCAUCGCCAACAUUGCCAACCUCGCCAGCACGGCUACAUCCAUCACCAUCCAGAGGGACUGGGUGGUGGUUGUGGCAGGUCAAGACAGCAGCACGUUGGCAGACAUGAAUGCAACAGUGCGGAUUAUCGACCAGCUGACCAACAUCCUGGCUCCCAUGCUGGUGGGUCAGAUUAUGGCCUUUGGCUCCCAUUUCAUUGGCUGUGGCUUCAUCUCUGGCUGGAACCUGUGCUCCAUGUGUCUGGAGUACGCUCUGCUGUAUAAGGUCUACCAGAAGACGCCGGCGUUGGCCGUGAAAGCCGGUCAGAAGGAUCAGCAACAUGAGCUUAAACAGCUUGGCUCUCCGAAAGAAUUGGAGGAUGGUCAGAGUCCUGAGGAGUCCUCUCAGCCGCUGAUGAAUGAAACCUCAGUCGUGGCCAAGCCGGACUCUCCCAAGCAGCACGGCUGUUGCUACCAGGUGACUGAACCCCUGCGCACCCUGAAGGCCGGCUGGGUCGCCUACUACAACCAGAACAUUUUCUUCGCCGGCAUGUCCCUGGCUUUCCUCUACAUGACUGUGCUCGGCUUCGACUGCAUCACCACGGGCUACGCCUACACGCAGGGCCUCAACGGGUCUGUGCUCAGCCUGCUGAUGGGGGCCUCGGCUGUGUCGGGCAUCUGCGGCACUGUGGCCUUUACCUGGGUCCGCAAGAAGUGCGGCCUGAUCCGCACAGGCUUUAUUUCAGGCAUGGCCCAGCUGUCCUGCCUCAUGCUGUGUGUUGUCUCCGUCUUUGCUCCCGGGAGCCCCUUCGACCUCAGCGUCUCGCCCUUCCAGGACCUUUACACCCACCUGAUUGGAGAGAAGACGCUGCCCGAGGCCGACCACAGCCUCACCAGCGUUCUUACUGGUGGAAACGCCACUACUGCUGCGCCAGCUGAAGAGCUGCCGCCGCUGCAGUCCUACAUGUCUGUUAGUCUGCUGUUUGCUGGCGUCAUUGCUGCUAGAGUUGGCCUGUGGUCCUUUGACCUGACAGUGACCCAGCUCAUCCAGGAGAAUGUAAUCGAGUCGGAGCGAGGCGUCAUCAACGGCGUCCAGAACUCCAUGAAUUACCUCUUAGACCUGCUGCACUUCAUCAUGGUGAUUCUGGCUCCGAACCCGGAGGCGUUCGGCCUGCUCGUCAUCAUCUCCGUGUCCUUCGUGGCCAUGGGUCACAUCAUGUACUUUGGGUUUGCCUUCAAGAGCCUGGGCAGCCGCCUUUUCCUCUGCUGCUCGCCGGAGCAGAAGGUGGAGACGGCGGACAGCCCCUCACUUCCUACCACCGUCUAACCCCGUUAAAGAGACUCUGUCCUGAGUACAUAUUCCUCAAGCCUUACCCUGCAUCUUAUCUUUGCUUGUAGCUGGCCGAAUAACAUAAAAACGGUAACUUAACAUGCUAUGCAUACUGUAGCCUAAAAUAUAGCAUUAAUCAUAAGUAGAAGGAGGAGAGUAGAAAGCUUACAGUCAUAGACGUCUAACACUUAGAUAAGGCAGGGUUUCUCUAACUGUUUCAGUCUGGGAUUCAGCCUCUCAUCUUUGUCAAACAAGGAUCCAUCACCUCUAGGCUUGUGACCCCAACCUGGGUCCAAAGACAUCAGGGGAUAAGACACUGUAAAAUAUUCUCCUCCUAACAGCCCGAAGAUAGCUGUAAAGAGUUUUAAAAGGUGCUUCAGCUAACUAAAGGGCAACACGAGGGAGAGAUCUUGCAGGGAAGCACGCACUGAGGCUAUGGGGGACGACUGUCUGAUUCACAAAAGAGACAACAUCCCCUGUUUUCAGCCUCUCUUCAUCGGUGCUGAGUCCGCUAGCUGUCCUCCGAUAGCCUAGCUUACAUGUAUGAUGAGCAGGUUGUGGAUGUCUUCCUCCACAGGAAAGGAGGAUGCUUUUUAUUUAACCAAACACACAACCGGGAUUUAGUCUCUUCAAUACUCAAUGCAGUUAAAUGAGUUAAAUGUAUUUAUUCAGGAUAUGCAGACAGCGGUUUUUAUAGUAAUCGUAUUUUCAGUAUUUUGCUGCAUGCUUGCGGCUGUGCCAUAAAUAAGAAAUCCUAUGCACCCUCAUCAA